AUGGUGUUUUUAGAAGGAAAUGGGACAAGGACCUUGAAGUUGUUUGGUACAGGAAAUGUUAAGUUCAUGGAAGAUGCAUCAGGAAAAACAUUUUGGCAGAGUUUUAAUACACCAACAGAUACGUUUCUUCUUGGAAUGAAGUUGGACAAAAGCUUAAUGUUGACAUCAUGGAAGAAUCUGAAUGAUCCAGGAACUGGAAGCUACCUAUUUCGGCUAGAUAAAGGAGGCGAGCAAUACGUUAUUAUGAAAGAUACAACAUAUUACUGGAAAAGCGGAAACCCAAAGAAUAGCUCCGAUGACAACGCAAUGCUCCCCGAUGCGUUGAGUUUGCUAUCAAACACAACCACGGGAGAUAAUUACUCAAGGUUGGUAAUGAACUACACAGGCCAUGUACAAUAUUUGAGUUGGGAAAAAGCGAGCAAACAAUGGGUUUUGGAAUGGGAAGCGCCUAGAGAUUAUUGCAGCGAAUACCAUGUGUGUGGGUCAUAUGGGAUGUGCAACCAAACAAAUGAUCCUCAGCCAUGUCGUUGUUUGACUGGAUUUCAGCGUGCUUCACGUAGGGAUCCUAAGGCUGGAUGCAAGAGAAAAUCAGAAAUCUGUGAGACUACUACAGAUACAUUCCUGAAUCUUACUCUGAUUAGUGUCGAUGAUACAGAUGUCACCUUCCAAAAAUCAAAUAAUGAGUCGGUAUGCAUAGAGAAGUGUCUGGAAAGCUGCCUGUGCGUAGCAUAUGCUUAUACGUCACAACCAGAGGAACAGCUAGUGGAUGAAAGCCGCCAUGAUACCCAAGGUUGUUGGUUCUGGAAUUCUCAGCUUUAUAAUCUCAAAGCACCGGGCAGACAUAAUAUCUCCAUCCGUGUUGCUGCAGGGCAUCAAGUCAAAGGGCGAUCAGAAUUUCAGAAACUUGUUGUUCCUCUGGCUGUUGGUGUUUCUGUUUUGGGGGUUAUAUUUUUGUGUGUGGUUGUGUAUAUAUCUUAUAGAAGAUUGGUGAAUAGAAUAGCAGGCUUACCAUCACCUAUUUUUGGUUUCAUCUCAGAAGACACCAGACGUAGGAUUGAACUUGAGUCCAAUAUUAUGAGCUCGUCUGUCAAUGAGUUACCUCGUCCAGAUGACUCAAGAGAAGCUAAUGAGUAUCAAGAUGGUGGCGUGCAACAGUUUAAUUUGGAAGAAAUUAAAGAAGCCACUGGAAACUUUUCACAGGAGAAUUUUCUUGGAGUAGGUGGUUUCGGUAGUGUGUAUAAGGGUGAGCUGGGAGGAAGACAAGUUGCAGUCAAAAGGCUCACAAGUACCACCGGACAAGGCCAAGAGGAAUUUAAAAAUGAGGUUUCCGUGAUUGCAAAACUGCAACACAGGAAUCUUGUUCAACUUUAUGGGUAUUGUGCCGAUGGAGAUGAAAUGAUACUUGUUUAUGAGCAUAUGCCAAAUAAAAGCUUGGAUUCAAUUUUAUUUGAUCCAAAUCAUAAAGCAUCAUUGGAUUGGCGAACCAGAUACAAAAUCAUCUCGGGCAUUACGGCUGGUCUAAGCUAUAUGCACCACGAUUCUCGGGUCCGAACAAUUCAUCGGGAUUUCAAAACAGGCAACAUCUUGCUUGAUGAGGACAUGAACCCCAAAAUUUCGGAUUUUGGUUUGUACAAGAUCCUGAGUGGAAAUGAAACAGGGGAAACAGCUAAAAAAGUGUCCGGAACCCCUGGUUAUAUUGCUCCAGAGUACUCAGAGAAUAAGGUGUUCUCCACGAAAUCCGAUGUUUAUAGCUAUGGAGUCGUAUUGCUUGAGAUAGUAAGUGGACAAAGAAUUUCCAAAUUAUACCUAUCCGAGGACUGUUGGAGGAAUCUUAUAGCACAAGCUUGGAAAUUAUGGGUUGAGGGUAAGGCGCUUGAGUUGAUGGACCCAACACUGAUGGAUACAUGCAAUCCACAUGAAGUGUUGAAGUGUAUUAACAUUGGACUCCAAUGCGUAAACAACCAAGCUGAUAAACGACCUCCCAUGUCAAAUGUGAUUUUGAUGCUUGGAAGUGAACCCGACACCCUGCCAAAUCCAACAGAUCCAACUGAUCAAGACUCGCAAAAGGAUCAUGCCAUUGCUUCUUCCUCUGGUUUGCCUAAAGAGGAACCACAAUUUAGCAAAAACAUGAUGGAUAUUACUGUAGUACACCCUCGUUGACACUUAAUUUAUUUCUUUUAACCAUAUAUGAACUUGAUUUUAGUGUGAGCUUUCCAGUCAGAUAAGA